AUGUCACUAAGCAAAGGGGCAAUAUUCAGUCAAAUUGAUAUCACUAUGGGAUAUCACAACAUUAGAAUCAAAUCUGAAGAUCAACAUAAAUCAGCAUUCGUAUUGCCAUGGGGUGAUAUGAAUUUAAGAGAAUACCAUUUGGUAUUAAAACGGCACCAAGACAUUUUCAAUAUUUCAUUAAUGGAUUAUUUAGUGACUUAA